AUGCAGAUGAAGAUGAAGCUAUUCACUCUGAAGAUGAAGGAGGACGAUUCAGUGAUGAGCCACAUCGCUGAAUUCAAGAAGAUCGUCGCCGACCUAGUGUCGAUGGAGGUGAAGUAUGAUGAUGAGGACUUAGGUCUUUUACUGCUAUGUUCUUUGCCAAAUUCGUAUGCAAAUUUUCGUGACACCAUACUCUUGAGCCGUGAUGAACUAACCCUAAAGGAAGUUUAUGAGGCUCUCCAGUCUAGGGAGAAGAUGAGAGGCAUGGUGCAGAAUGACGGGACGUCGUCCUCCAAGGGCGAUGCUUUGCAUGUGAGAGGCAGAACUGAAAACAGAUCCUCCAAUGAUGGCAAUGAUGGUAGAAAGAACUACGAAAGGAGAGGCCGUUCAAAGUCCAAGCCGCAUGGUAAUAAAAAGUUCUGUGUUUAUUGCAAGCUGACAAAUCAUAAUGUUGAGGAUUGCAGAAAAGUACAGAAUAAGGAGAAGAGAAAAAACAAGUCGGCUGGUAAGGUCUCUGUUGCUGCUGCUGCAUCUGAUGAUGAUUCUGGAGAUUGUCUGGUAGUAUUUGCUGGUUGUGUUGCUGGUCAUGAUGAAUGGAUUCUCGAUUCCGCAUGUUCAUUUCAUAUUUGCACUAACAGAAAUUGGUUUAUCUCAUAUAAGCCUGUACAGAAAGGAGAUGUUGUGUGGAUGGGAGAUGAUAACCCGUGUGACAUUGUGGGGAUUGGAUCAGUUCAGAUCAAGACUGAUGAUGGCAUGACACGCACGCUGAAAAACGUCAGAUCGGAAGGCAUUGUUAGGCAUCACACCAUACCCCAUACUCCACAACAGAAUGAUCAUGUUCCAGAAAAAGAGUUGCAGCAGAUGCGCAUGCAGUGGAGCAUGUUGAUGAUGAUACAAAGGUGUGCAGGUGGAGCUGUUGAUGAGCAUGGUGACCAUGAUAAUGAUGUUCUUGAGGAUGAUGCUCAUGAUGAUGUUCAAACAAACUCCUCCUAUUUUGCGAUUAGAGGAAGAUUUACCUAUUGCUCAACAUAG